AUUCCAUAUGACUCAACAUGGCCUGGAGGCUAGUCUAUGACACUCUCUUCUCUCGCUAUCUUCUCUUCACAAACACUGUAGUUAGCUGUGGCCUGGAGGCACUGGGUGAUCUAUUAGUCCAGAAAUAUGAGAAGAACUCCGAACAGGAGAUAGACUGGGCAAGAACCAAGAGAAUGGCUGUAAUAGGAUUUAUAUUGGGGCCACCAGAGCACUACUGGUUCAAGUUUUUAGACAAGAGGUAUCCUGGAAGAGGAGUAGUGUCUGUGUUCAAGAAAGUGACCCUUGAUGAGGUUAUCAAUGGACCUGCUUGUGUCAUAGUGUUCUUUCUAGGCAUGAACAAAAUGAGUGGCAUGAACUGGACUGACUCGUAUAAUGACAUGAAAAAGAAAUUCUGGCCAGUAUAUAAAACCGAGUUAAUAGUGUGGCCAGCUGCACAGGUUUUAAACUUCUUCUUUGUGCCUCCGGCUUUAAGAGUGACCUACAUCAGUGCAGUGUAUCUAGGAUGGGUCAUGUAUUUAUCUUACUACCAACACAAGAAAUCUUAAAAUCAAUAAUAGUUGUUGAAAAAUUUUAUUAUUAUGAUUUAUGUACAUUGCAGAUUUACCGUAUCAAUUAUUGCAUGUUUAUUGCCUUAUAAAUUUUUUUUGUCAUUACUA